GGGUAGGUAGCUACACGUAGCGAGAGCAUAUAGCACUUUCAGCAUGAUUAGGAAGGCUACUUUAGCGAAGUCAAGAUGCUCACUGCGAAGGUCCCUCACGUCUUUGUUUUAGGGCGUACUUAAAUCUAUCCACAAUGUAUGCCAAUCUGCAGCCUUAAUGCGUAACACUCACCAUUUUCUUAGGCCACUCCACCGAGGAUGGCAUCUUGCAGCAAUUGCCGCAUAGCCAGUAGCACUGCGCGAAUUACACAGCGCGAAGCACGCGCUCGGGUAAUAGGAAGGCGGGGAAUCCCCUCCACAGGGCAGACAGUUUCUAUGAAAGAGUUGCUGUGACGAACGAACAAAGCUACUGCUAUAACCUCCGUAACACAUUUUAUUCUGUACUUACUGAUAGCACUCUGGCCUUAGGCCAUUACGAACAUCCUAGUUCCAUUGCACGGUCGACUAUCUUGAACUUGGAGUCAUGAGAAAGUUUAACUCUUCUAUUCCUCUUCGGAGACAGGGGGCUUUACUCCCGGGUCCGCUUCCCCUGCGCCCGAGGUUUGCUUCGACGUACCAGCAAGCGAUAGCUGCAACCUCGCCGAGGACGACUUGGACUCGGGAUGAGAUCUCGGAAAUCUAUAACCAGCCCCUUAUGGAACUCGCAUAUGCAGCCGGGAUCGUCCAUCGACGUUUCCACAAACCAGCAGCGAUUCAACUGUGUACUUUGAUGAAUAUCAAGACUGGCGGCUGCACCGAGGAUUGCUCAUACUGCGCUCAGUCCUCGAGGUACAAGACGGGACUCGAAGCGACGAAACUCUCCACAGUACAGUCGGUUCUAGACGCUGCAAGAAUAGCCAAAGAGAACGGUUCCAAUCGCUUCUGUAUGGGUGCAGCUUGGCGAGAAAUGAAAGGACGAAAACGAGGGCUACAAAAUAUUAUAGAAAUGAUCAAGGGUGUAAGAGCCCUUGGUAUGGAAGCCUGUGUGACUCUGGGAAUGCUAGACAAGGAGCAAGCUAUGCAGCUCAAGGAAGCUGGCUUAACUGCUUACAACCACAACCUUGACACAUCACGGGAACACUACUCGAACGUUAUCACCACUAGAACCUACGACGAGCGACUCCAGACAUUAGAAAACGUAAGGGAUGCGGGCAUCCACGUCUGUAGUGGCGGCAUCUUGGGCCUAGGGGAGGUUCCAGAGACUGAUCAUGUUGGAUUGAUCCAUACCUUGGCCACCCUGCCUGAGCAUCCUGAGUCAUUCCCCGUCAACAAACUAGUGCCCAUCAAAGGAACCCCAAUGUUUGGUCAGGACCCUGUCAAGCUAGAGGUCAUUGUCCGCUGUAUAGCGACCGCCAGAUUGGUAAUGCCUGCGACGAUUAUCCGACUGGCCGCCGGCAGAGUGACUAUGCCUGAAAGCGAGCAGAUGUUGUGCUUUAUGGCUGGCGCUAACGCCAUAUUCACUGGCGAGAAGAUGUUGACUACAGACUGCAACAGCUGGGAUGAAGAUAAGGCCAUGUUCGAUCGAUGGGGUCUGGCUCCCCUCGUUACUAAUGCAAGCAAUAUCACACCAGAGCCCAUGUCAGUGCAACAUGGCCAUGCUUCUAUUGAGGAAAUUAGUCACAAGAUACAUAGGCGCGAAGAACUCCAGGCCCAUGGCUAGUAUUGUUGUCAAAUUUUAGCUUUUCCGUUUUCUAACAGAGAAUCUCGAAACUCGGCACUCAUGCUAACAUUUGUUUGGCCCCUUUCCAUUUCCUCGAUAUGAUUUCUGGUGAUGAAUCGAGAAAGCCACUUUUCAAUUGCCCUACAUAGGUUAUCAAUCUGCUCGAUUGUGUUGGUAGCAUGGAUGCAAAUUCGUAUCCUUUCUUGGCCCAGGGGGACAGUUGGUGCUACUAUCGGACGAACCAUGAAUCCAGACCUUUUGCAAUAUUGAGAGAGACUUUUCGGAUAACUAGUA